UUCCAGGAAAAACUUCCUCUUGGAGUCACUUCCCGGCUGGAGUGGCCCCUUCCCAAGUGGCUGCUUCCAGGGGAAACUGAGCUUCUUUGGGAUUCACUAAAACGUUUCAGUGAGGAGAGGGAGGGGGUUUCACAGCAAAUCGCUGCCAGGCCCCGGGAUUGAGUUCAGAAACAGGGAAAGAACGGGAGUGGUUUAUUUAAUUAUUCCUGUCUCAUCCUGGAGUGGAUGUAGCAGCUUCCCUGGGUUUGGGGUUGAUUCCUGGUGCCUGUUGGAGGAGGAAAAGCCGGUGGACAGUGAGAGUGGUUGAAAAGGGGGGGUAGAACAUGUAGUUCCUGGUGCUUUUCCUCCCUUGCAGGGGAGAAAUGGGGGGUUUGAAACAUCGAAUAUUGUUGUAAGGAAUUAAAGGCACAAAGAGAGCAGCAGGAGAGACUUUUCCAGGGAAAUCUUGUGGCUCUAAAACCAAAAAUUCCCCACAGGGAGGUGCAAGGAAUCUGCUCUCAGGUGUUUUUUGAGGUGCAGAAAGGUUUGCUUCCUUCUUGCUCUUCAAUCCAGGACAGAGGCAGGUCAGGAAAGUGGGAAAUCAGGCAGGGAAUGGGAUUGGUUCUGCAGUACCAGGAAGGAGAAGCUUCUAAAAUACACUGAACAGGUUUUCAUUCUAUUAUUUAUCUUCCCUUAAAAUAUAUAAAGUUUACCUUGCUUUUGGUCAUGUUUUUCCUGACCCUCAGCUACUGUAUCUGUAAUUAUUUUAUUUGAUUUAAUUUUUUACAAAAUGGGUUCAAAAUCUCUUAAUACGAACAUUUCACUGGAGUUCUGGGGGAAAAAAGUGUUUAAAGUUCUCAUCGACUUGGAUCAGAGGCCUGCUGAGUGCACCAGAGUUACUCAUUUUUAUUCUGAUUUUCUGGGGUGAAUUCAGUUGAUUUUUGCUUAGCACUCAGAUUGCCACUUUAAAAUUAAAGAAAAAAAGAUGUUUAAUUAACUUUGUUUUAUAAUUAAAUUACCUUUAUGGAGUUUAGAACUUUUAAGGGGUUUUUUGUUGGGGUUUUUGUGGGUUUUCUUUUUCGUUGAUUUUUUUUUGUUAUUGUUGUUAAUUGUUUUAAAGUUUUGCUUUAUUCCCGUUCCUUAAACAAGAUCCAUUCAAAUUCUGACCAGGAAUAUGGAAAUAUGGAAACCCAAAUGUGGAAUAUGGAAAACUGCUGAGCUGAUUUAGUUUAAAGGAACUCAAUCUGAAGGGAUAUUUUUUUUUUCCCCCCAAGUGGUGGAUGUAGGAAUGUUGAGUUAUAGGCGUGUCUCACUUCCCAAGGAAAGGAAAUGCCACCUUCCAGACCGGGAAUUCCUGGUGAUUUGUGUGUGAAUGCCUUUGCUCAGCCAAGCCCUGGCCCUUAAUUACCAUCCACUGAAGUGUUGCCUUGUGCAAACUGAAGAAUUUCGGCCUUGAGAUUGAAUCUAAAACUCCCAAAAGCAAAACACUUGGAAAAAUGUGUCUCCUUGAACCUCCACACGUAGGAGCUCCAGGAAUUUUUAGAAUUAGGUUCCAAGGAAUCUGAAUGACACAAAGUCUGUUUUUGAAGGUGCUAAAGGUCAAGAGUGAAUAAUCCCAUGGAUAUGGAAGAAGGGAAGGAAACCCUGCACUUAAACUCCUGUUUUAUUCCCCUUAUCAAGCAGUCAAAAAACAAUAACACGUAUGAGAACCCAACUUUUCCUCUCUUUAUUUUAGAUUUGGGAAAAUUCCUUGCCAAAAAAAAAAAACAACCAAACCCUGGAAAAUUCACUAGUGUUUGUGAGAAGGGAACUGGAUGUCUGGGAAGAUCAAAGUCUGUGCUGAAGUUGUCCAGGGUUACUUUUAAAAAGAAGAUUUCACUGCUAAGCCAGUAGAAGACUUUGAGUCCCAGAAAAGUGAAGCCAGUUUCUGCCAAGUCUGGAGGAAGACCCUGAGAGCAAACCCUGAGAGCUCAUUGCAGGAAUUUAUCCAUUAUGUCUAACCAAGGAGAUGACUGCUACUUCUACUUCUAUUCCACGUGCAACAAGGGAGACAGCUGUGCCUUCCGCCACUGUGAGGCUGCUCUGGGAAGUGAGACCGUGUGCACCCUCUGGCAGGAGGGUCGUUGUUUCAGGAACGUCUGCAGGUUCAGACACAUGGAAAUCGAUAAAAAGCGGAGCGAGAUCGCCUGUUACUGGGAGAACCAGCCCGGGGGCUGCCAGAAGUCCAACUGUGCUUUCCAUCACACCAAAGGCCGUUACGUCGAUGGGCUCUUCCUACCCCCCAGCAAAACCACACUCCCAAGUCCACCUGAGUCUGCAGAAGACGAUGUGAAAAUGGCUCAGAUGUCACUGCAGCAAAACAAACUCUCUGUGCAGUCCAACCCCUCCCCACAGCUGAGGGGGGUGAUGAAAGUGGAGAACUCAGAAAAUGUCCCGAGUCCUACACACCCUCCAGUUGUCAUCAAUGCUGCAGAUGAUGAUGAAGAUGAUGAUGACCAGCUUUCUGAAGAAGGAGAAGAAACUAAAACACCUGUCCAGCAGCCAGCCACAGAAGCCCAUAAUGGAUUGAGGCUGAUUUCCACUAGGAAAUCCAAUGCUAAUACAAAGCAAGAUGACAAUUUAAAUUUCGGAAUAAAAACACUCGAAGAAAUCAAAUUGAAGAAACUGAAGGAAAAAGCCAAAAAACAAGGUGAAGGUCCCUCAGGAGUUGCUGUUGAUCCGCUCCAAGCUCGGACAAUUCCUGUGCCAGAGAAGGAAAACGUAAGGACAGUGCUGAGAACUGUGACUCUGUCCUCAAAGGAAGGUGAGGAUCCUGUGAUCCAGCUGAAUCUUCCUGACAGACUGGGAAAACGGAAAACUCUCAUAGGAGGUAAAACCUUCCUUCCUCUGAGGCGUAACGUUGCUGACAGGCUGGGCAGGAAGACAGAGCUGCUGGAGAAUGCUGAGAAAGCCCCCAGGAGAGGCACAGUUCAAGUGCUGAAGUCCCUGAGGGAGAGGCUGGGACAGCCCUCUGACCAGAGCAGCACAGAGACAGAGAAGGCUGCCAAGCCCAUCGAGGAGAUCCGGGUGAAGACCCUGGAGGAGAUUCGGCUGGAGAGGGCGAGCCAGAGGCGGGGGGAGCCCCCGGCCAAGGCCCCCGGCGAGGCCCGGAGGGCGGAGGAGCCCAGCCCAGGGACCAGACCUGCCCCCCCCGUGCGCAUCAAAUCCCUCUCGGGAGCCCUGGCUGAGAAGAACCACAAGAAGUUGGAGGAAGAGAAGGGAAAACCGGAGGAGUUUCCUGCCAAGCCAAAAGCCGAGGGAGAGCCCAGGAGGAGCGUUCCUGCUCCGGCCGUGCCCGGCAGGGUGCAGCUGGCAGAGCCAGGGAGAGCCAAGCCAGCGGGAGAAGUGCGGAUCAAAACCUUGGAGGAGAUCAAGAGGGAGAAAGCUCUGAGGAUGCAGCAGAGCGGGGAGAACGUGCCCGCUCCUCCUGCACAGCCCGAGCCUGCCCUCAGAGGGAGGAAACUGCUGCGGGUCACCAAGCUCAUAGCACCUGGAAGAGAAGAAAAAAUGAUAGUGGAAUUGAACAAACCUUCUCCAAAAACUGUCUCUGCACCUGCAGAGCCCUCUGGUCAGAGUGCAGCUAAUUCCACAGUGCAGGUGAAGAGCCUGGAGGAGAUCAUGUGGGAGAAGCGGCAGCUGAAGCAACGCCAGGAGAAGCUUCAGAAGGAAGCAGCUGCUGUGCCAACCCCAGUGGAGAAACCAGCCAAGGAUAAAACUCCCCCAUCAGGGAGCCCUGAAUCCGCCGUGGUUUCAGGACCAGCUUAUCAGCUUGGGAGGAGGAAACUGGUGAAGCCUCAGGAGGACGGGGUGGGAAGCCCAGAGAAGGACCCCGCAGUGUCCCCAGGGAAAAAGGCAGCCCAGCCUCCGGAACGGAAAGCUAAAACCAAAUCCAAGGUGUGCCUGAAGCCUUUGGACGGGAGAGCCACGUCCUCCCCGAGGCAGACCCUGAAACGCAAGGCCACCGAGAGCCACCCCACUGCCGUGGUGGCCGUGAAGCCCCUCAGUGCCACCGGUGGGGACACCAAGGAGCCCUCAGCCAAGAAAGCAGCUGCGGCCGUGGCUCCUGCUUUGCCAGAGGACAGCCUGGUCUCCAUACCUCGGAGGGAGAAACCUCAAAGCAGCCCUGAGCUCCACCUCGGGAGCCAGGCAGACUCCCUGGCACAGUCAGAGGUCUCCAGCUCGACUUCAGCUUCCUCAGAAGUGCCGGUGAAGCUGCGCCGGCUGAGCUCCACGGGCUCUGCCAAAGCACCUCUGUCUGUGGAAGACGACUUUGAGAAGCUCAUUUGGGAAAUCUCAGGAGGCAAACUGGAAGCAGAGAUUGACCUGGACCCAGGGAAGGAUGAGGAUGACCUCCUUCUGGAACUUUCGGAGAUGAUUGACAGCUGAACUGCACAGUCUUAAAAAAAAAAAAAUAAAAGACAAAAAAAAAAAAAAACAACACCAAAAAAAACCCCCAUAAACUUCCUCCCUACACAACCCCCAAACCUGUAUAUUUUGUUGGAUACGUGGAGGUGAUCCUUUCCUAGCUGAGGCUGAAGGCACAGUUGGAUGGGUAGGAUUAGGCAGGAUCUGCACUCAGUUGUCCUGAAUUUCUGCCGGACUGUCGGUGGCUCCUUCCACAUGGAGUGGACAAAGCACUUGUGUUUUUUUUUCUGGGGACACAGAGAUCCCAUCUCCAGACUGUGGUGGUUGUGAACUGAUCUGCUCAUUCUGUGACACUCCGAAGGCUUCAAACAAAAGCUCCCACCUUCCCUGGCACGCCCCAACAUUCAGCACAUUUCAGCGCUUCGUGUUCGGAUCCCGUGGACAGUUGGUACCCAAAGCCUGGAGUUACUAUGUCAACUCUUGAGUUUUACUGCUGUACGCUGUCAUUUUGACUUUAAUUAGGGGAAUUAAUGACAAUGCUGGGGGGGGAGGGAGCAGAUUAAUUAGUAUUUCGGACCAAACACGCUGCCAAGGGCAGUGGCUGGGGUGUGUCCAUCCAGCCUUACUUUGAAUUAUCAGGGUGCUUUUUCCCGAUGGGAACAGGGUCCUGGGGUGGGCAGCCAGGAUUCCUCUCGUCGUCUGCAGUGAAUUGGGAAAGGAAGGAUUGGUUUAAGUGCCUCUUGGUUCCAAGCAUUGCUCCCCUGAGCUGCCGAUCCUUCAUCCUGCUGAAGGAAUUCCUCAGCCGUGACGUCCGCCAGCAUCCGUCUCACAUGCCCAUGGAAUGACUCUGGGAGAGAGGAAGAGGGCAUGGAAGGUUUCCUCCUCCUCUAUCAGCCCGUGGAGGCGGGAUUUUGGUGUAUACCAUGGUUUCUGUAAAUAUUUUAUUCUUCCAUUUUAUAUUUGUAUUCUAUUUAAGGUAUUAAACGUAGGCUGGUCACCUCCGCCCGCCCCGCUCGUGUCUGUACAGACCUCCUGGUUCUGGUUUCUAUGUGUAUUUUAUUUAAGGAAUUGUAUUAAACACCGUCUGGUCGCCUCCUCC